AGUCAAUACUUGUUUUUGGGCUUGAAAUAAGUGGUCGUAUCGGCUAAUUUUUAUUUUUUAGUAUGUCUUAAAAGUUUUUUGAGUUACAUUUAACCGCCAAUAGUUAUUAAUAUUACUUUCUGAUGAACUUAUCGGACGCGUUUCUAUAAUAAUAUAAUAAAUCCAAUUUUGCAAUCAUGUUUAAAGUAUUCACUUGUAUUUUGUAUCUAUUAGUUACCAAAACGGUUGGCAUUUCAGAUUCUACCUCUUAUGACUCCAUAAGCGAUAUAUACUUGGAACACGAAUUGAUUCCCGGUUCUGGAUUUACCAAGCGCGGUUCCAUACCGUUAAAUUUAGAAACUAGAAAUGACGUAGUUUCUGAUUCUGUAAUUAGCGACUCAGAUUUAAAACUGUUAAAUAAAUUGGCGAGUAACAAUGAAAUUUAUAGGCUUAAAGUGACGGUAAAAUUAUUAUCUGGGAAAGAGACGACCUUCUUAACGUUUACCAGAGCGUGCCUUAUAGUUGGAUCAAAAUUGAACCACUUUCUCACUGUGCACUUGGACCAUUUUGAUAUGCCAUUUGCGGUAAACUUGGCUACAAAUACAGGCAACUGUAAUCGAUUCGAUGAGGCAAAUACAAAUAAGUUCACGGCUACGAUAUUCUUUAGAAGACCAGAGACGAGUCCUACUCCCGACACUGCAACCUAUAUUCAAAAGAUAGAACGCGAACGAGAAGCAAGAGAGAAAGGAAAAUCAAAUAACAACAAAUCCAUGCUUGCAAAAUAUUGGAUGUACAUUGUGCCGUUGGUAAUUUUCAUGAUGAUUGCUGGAGCAACAAAUCCCGAGGCAGCAAGAUAGUGCCUAGAUAAGCCCAAAAAAUAACAUCUGUAAAUUAAAAAAGAUCACUAAGUUUAAUGGUAAAAUAAGAUAUGUAUUACAUUUUGUAUAUAUAUAUAUAUUUCGGGUAAUAUAAGUCAUUAUAAAUAAAUAAAUACAAAUUAUUUAAUUAGUCAGUACGGCACAUGAAGAAUAAUAAAUGUUAUAAAACAAGUGUAGUAACUCUAA